AUGAUAUUUCUUGCAACAUCUUACCAAGAACUACCUCACACGAGCACGGCAACGACAACUUUCAUUCUUUUCAACUGUUGGCUCGCCGUCACCAUGACGAAAACAUCCAAAAACGCCGACGCUGAUCCCGUCAAGUCGACAAAAGAGGACACCAAGACCAAAACACCGUCGAAGGCAUCCAAAGGCGGAACAAAGCAUCACUGGUACGUGGAUGAGUGGGAGUGUGGCUGA